GACAGUAUUGGCCGUCUAGCAAGAAGAAUCCACCCUUUUCAAUUUCACAUACAGCUUUACACGACAUGUCCAAGGUUGUAUUGUAUCAAACUAUGUAAAUUUUAGUAUCAUAUUAUAUCUCUUAAAGUUAUUCUCAAAAGAAUAUCAUGUAGAUACCCUUGUUAUUGUCUUCAACUUAGGAAAAUUGCCAAUUAUGUGAAUUAGAGAUAGAAAUGUGUUUGAUUGUUCACUUUCAUUCCUAAAAAUCUCAAUGUCAUAGCUACAACAUUACUCUUUCAAUCUCAACUUCACCAUGAAGUUUCCUUUUUUUGUUCUUCAACUUAUUGCUACUUUUUCACUUCUUGUUAUAGCUCAAGAAGAUCCUAAAGGAAACUCCAAAGAGAAUAUAAUUUCAUCAGAUAAAAAUAACAACAAUUCCAAUCUUUUAUUAUUAAUUCUCAAUGUAGUUCUUCUUCUAGCAAUUAUAUUGCUAUUGAUACUUUACUAUAACACAUCAAAAAAGCUCAACAAAAUAGUAAAGAGACACAUUAACACAUCUUAUAGUGAAUUACAAGAGAAAGAUGUUGAGACAAGAAGUAUUGAGAAGAGGAUAGAGAUAGGAGAAGGAACAACAAUGAUGACAGUUGAAGAGAGAAAGGAACUAAUGUUUUUUAAUGAUGAGAUAAAGUUUCAAAUGGGAGAACUUCUUAAAGCUUCUGCUGAGGCAUUGGGUCAUGGAAUUAUGGGAAAUAGUUAUAAGGCUAUGUUGCAUAAUAAUGGAGCUACUAUUGUUGUCAAGAGGUUAAGGGACUUGAAACCAUUCACUAAGAUGGAAUUUGCAAAGACAUUGCAAAUGAUUGCUGAUCUUAAGCACCCCAAUUUGUUGCCUUUGCUUGCUUAUUACCAUUCUAGAGAUGAGAAGUUGAUGCUCUAUAGAUAUGCACAGAAUGGAAAUCUUUUCUCCAGACUUUAUGAUGGAAGAGAUGGAAACAGGGUUCCAUUCAGUUGGAACUCAAGAUUAUCAGUGGCAAGAGGCGUAGCUCGAGCAUUAGAGUACCUUCACCUCAACAACAAGAUCCAUAACAUUGUCCCUCAUGGAAAUUUGAAGUCAUCAAAUGUAGUAUUUGAUGAAAAUUAUUCAGUUCUUGUAUCUGAUUUUAGCCUUGCCUCUUUAAUAGCACAACCGAUUGCAGCUCAGCAUAUGGUUGUUUACAAAUCACCUGAAUAUGGAUAUGCAAGAAAAGUUACAAAGCAAUCAGAUGUAUGGAGCUAUGGAUCACUUUUAAUAGAAAUUCUAACCGGGAAAGUAUCAGUUUGUUCAGCUCCACAAGGGACUAAUGGGGUUGAUCUUUGUAGCUGGGUUCAUAGAGCUGUUAGAGAAGAAUGGACUGCUGAGAUAUUUGACAAAGAAAUAUCUUGUCAAAAGAGUGCUCUUCCUGGGAUGCUAAGGUUGCUGCAGAUAGCAAUGAGAUGUAUUGAGAGGUUACCAGAGAAACGUCCUGAGAUGAAAGAGGUGGUGAGGGAAGUUGAGAAAAUACAACAGGUGCACUUGUUAUCUGAAGAUGAGGAUGAUGUGUCUUGUGAUAGGUCUCUAACUGAUGAUUCCUUUUCAACUAGUACCUCAGGGAUUAUUGGAGAUGAAAGAUAGAUAGACUGAUAGAUAGAUGAUCAAAGUUUGAAUUAUCCAAAUCUGUAGCGUAUUGUUCUUUUUGUUUUUGGCAUUAAGGUACAGUGCUCCAAAAGAAUAAAGUUGCAUACUUCCUUAGCAUCAA